UUCAAGUGAGUCCUUAGCAACCCAAACAGAAGUGGGCCAGUGCGACGCGGAUGUUGAUAUCACUCGCUUAUAAUACCACUUUAUUAGUUUAACUUUAAAUUGCUUCAAAUUACUUCCUACUACAUUCGUUUAGUUAGAGAUGUGUACGAAAAUGAGAAGCUUUCACCCUUUGCCGAAAGGAGACCUGAAAACGGAGGGUUUUACGGUGAAAUCCACCAUGAAGAACUCAGUGGUAGUGGGCCCUCCAGCUGCCGGGGCGUUCAGGGAGAGACCAACUAAACCCACAGCCUUUCGGAAGUUCUAUGAGCGUGGAGACUUUCCUGUCGCCUUGGAACAUGACUCUAAAGGCAACCGCAUUGCUUGGAAGGUGGAGAUUGAAAAGCUGGACUACCAUCACUACCUCCCUCUAUUCUUUGACGGUUUAUGCGAGACCGUUCACCCAUAUGAGUUCUUUGCUCGCCAGGGAAUCCACGACAUGCUGGAACAUGGUGGCAGUAAGAUUCUUCCUGUUGUCCCACAGCUCAUCAUACCAAGCAAGAAUGCUCUGAACACAAGGAACAGGCAGGUCAUCUGCACCACGCUCAAGGUUCUGCAGCACCUGGUUGUAUCAGCAGAAAUGGUCGGAGAGGCACUGGUCCCAUACUACAGACAGAUCCUUCCAAUAUUAAAUAUUUUCAAAAACAUGAACAAAAACUCGGGUGAUGGGAUUGACUACAGUCAACAGAAGAGAGAGAACAUUGGAGAUCUGAUCCAAGAGACCCUAGAGGUUUUUGAACGCUACGGGGGUGAGGACGCCUUCAUAAACAUCAAAUACAUGGUGCCCACCUACGAGUCCUGCCUCCUCAACUAAUAAGACCUGAGAAUACCCGCCUAUGCACACGUUCAUAUAACCAUGUAAUCGCAUUCACAUUAUUACACAAUCUUAAUUUUAGAUUUUAUUAAACUCGUGAUACAGCUGAUUCUCAAUGGAACGUGUCCCGGGGUGUUGGAGCGCACCGCUGCAGUUUGUAUCGGAUGAGAUGCAAACGUAGCUUUCUGGGAAAAAAAAUAGAAAGAACUCAGGGGCCAAUAAAGCUCUCUCUAACCUGU